GAAAAUUUUAAUCAGCACACUUUAGUUAACCUAUUCUCUAUCUCUACACUACUAUCAGAAUUUCAUUUAUAAAUUUUGCAGCAUCAUAUAUACAGAAUCACUAGCAGAAAAUGAUUCCUCUAAGCUCAUUUUUUACUAUUGUACUAAUAGCAGUUUUAUUUUCAUAUACAUCUUCUGCAGUUUAUUCUACUAGUACUCAUGAAGAUAAUUUCCUUCAAUGUCUCUAUAGUUAUUCACAUAACUCCACUUCUUCAAUCUCUAAACUUGUGUACACAAAAACCAAUUCCUCUUACUCAUCAAUACUUCAGUUUUCAACUCAAAAUCUCAGAUUUGCAACACACACAACACCUAAACCCCUUGUAAUCAUCACACCUCAAGAAGUUUCACAUAUUCAAACCAUCAUAGCCUGUUCCCAAAACCAUGGCUUACAGGUUCGAAUACGAAGCGGCGGCCAUGAUUUCGAGGGUCGUUCCUAUGUUUCUGAAGUUCCAUUUGUCAUAAUUGAUCUCACAAACUUUAGAGAGAUUGAGAUAGAUGUAGAAAACAGAUCUGCUUGGGUUCAAUCUGGUGCAACAAUCGGUGAGCUAUACUAUAAAAUUAGUCGAAAAAGCCGAAAUCUUGGUUUUCCUGCUGGAGUUUGUCCUACAAUAGGUGUUGGUGGACAUAUAAGUGGCGGCGGAUAUGGAACCGUGGUGCGUAAAUUCGGUCUUGCAGCUGAUAAUGUAAUUGAUGCUCAGAUAAUUGAUGUGAAGGGUAGGUUUCUUGACAGAGAAGCAAUGGGUGAGGAUCUGUUUUGGGCUAUUAGAGGUGGUGGAGGAGCAAGUUUUGGUGUUAUAAUUUCAUGGAAGAUAAAGCUUGUUCAAGUUCCAUCAAUUGUGACAGUGUUUAAUGUUCCAAGAACAUUGGAACAAAAUGCAACAAAGCUUGUCCACAAGUGGCAAUAUGUGGCAAGCAAAAUUGAUGAAAACAUGUAUAUUGGUGUUAUCUUGCAAAGAGUAAAUUCAAAGUCAAAGUCAAAGUCAACAACAGUUCAAGCUUUAUUUCAAUCCUUGUUUCUUGGUGGUGUAGAUAAACUCAUUCCCUUGAUGCAAGAGAAGUUUCCAGAACUUGGUUUGGUUAGAGAAGAUUGUAGUGAGAUGAGUUGGAUUGAGUCAGUUCUUAACCUUUAUGGAUUUCCUAAAGGAGAAUCACAUGAAGUGUUGCUCAAUAGAACACAAGCUUCAAAGGAUAUUUUCAAAGUAAAAUCAGAUUUUGUGAAAGCUCCCAUUUCUGAAAAUGGAUUAGAAGGAAUAUGGCCUAUGUUUCAUGAAGAUGGUGCCAAAGAUGCAUUCAUGUAUCUUUUUCCUUAUGGUGGCAUAAUGGAUCAUAUUUCAGAAUAUGAAAUUCCAUUUCCACAUAGAAAUGGAAAUUUAUACCAAAUUCAGUACUCAGCACAUUGGCAUGAGGUGGAAAAAAUGAAAUUUGAUUGGAUUAGAAAACUUUAUAGUUAUAUGGAACCUUUUGUUUCAAAGUCUCCAAGAGGUGCAUAUAUCAAUUAUAGAGACCUUGAUAUUGGAGUGAAUAACAUUAAGGGAUACACAAGCUAUAAGCAAGCUAGUGUUUGGGGUGUUAAGUACUUCAAAAACAACUUCAAAAGAUUGGCAAAAGUGAAGACAAAAGUUGAUCCUCUAAAUUUCUUUAGAAAUGAACAAAGUAUACCUUCUCUUUUUACCAAGAGAGGCAAAUAGAAUUUCUUGCCGUGAUUUCUCUUUUAGCGGUGGCUUCUUCCAAAAUCACAGUACAUUUUCACGUUUGCCAUGAAGCUACCUUUUGUAGCUUUUAAAAUUCACGUUUGAAAGGCUCUUGGACGUACGUUUGGUGGCUGAAAAGCCAAACCAAACAGGCUAAUUGUAGAAUUUCUUUAGCUGUUGUGAUGUUUCUCUAUUGUAUGUGUAUUUUUUUUUUUAAAUGAAAAUUUAAAGAGUUGUGUAAGCUUCAUUAGGAAAUCUCAACAAUCUCCAUUU